GGCAUCGUGAUAACUACAACUUACGUAGACCAAGACAUAAGUUUUCUCCCUAUUCUUUUCAACAUGCCUUUCGGAUUUGAUAUUUCGGGAACUGGCGACAUGCGUGUCGAUAUCAAGAACGCACUCGAGAUGGUCGAGCAGUGGAAAUUGGGUUUCAAAAAGCAGGCCAACUGGAAGGAAGAUAGUGUGAAUGCAGCAGUACCCGACGGUCGGGCUAUUGUGCCACCGCAAGUAAUCAAGGACUGUUAUGGCGUGUGCUUCUUGUUUUACGUUAAGGCUGGAUUCGUCUUCAGUGGAGAGUUGGGUACAGGUUUCGUUAUCACUAAACUUAACAGAGGCACCGAUGAUGAAUGUUGGUCUGGUCCGUCCGCUAUUGUGUCCGGUGGCAUGGGCUGGGGUGCCUUGGUCGGCGCUCAGAAGACCUAUCACGUGGUGUUCCUGAAUUACAAAGAAGCUGUGGACACAUUCAAAUCCCACGCUAAGGUCAACUUCGGAGCGGACAUCUCAUUGGCGGCUGGUCCCGUGGGGCGACACCUUGACGCGAAAGCAUCCGUUGGCAACAAAGGAGCGGCAAUCAAUUACUCAUACAGUUAUGCAAAGGGCUUAUACGGUGGAGUGGGAUUAAACGGCGCAAUUGCGUCGUCGAGCGGGGCCAUGAACAAGGCCUUUUACGGCCACGACGUCCGGGCGUCACAGCUACUCGAUGGCAUGCUGGGCAAGGACAAGUACUUGACGGAAUCGAACCUCGGAGAACUCUACGACGGUCUUAAUGAACUGAUCCACUUCUCCACCCUGGCGCAAGGAAAUGCCACUGACAAAAACUACGGCGAAAAUGCGCGGGCUGCGAGGGACUACCAAGCCGGAGUUAUGGACGAUAUGGAUAACGAACGAAUCCCGCUUUAAAAUAGAAUGCAGAAAGCGGGACUGUUGGCACCCGCAAUAAAGUACCAGACGGAGUGGAGUAUUGCAUACUCUAUACCGGCGAACUAUAGUGUACCCGUUUGUUAAAGGACUAGGUAGUGACAACGCGAGCCGCUCGUGAAACACCCAAGUGUCUCCACCAUUCUAUUUAAUUGGAUUCCUCAAAUGCAUAGAACGACCAAGCACAGCCUAGUAUAACUGAAAGACUCGACAAACGAAUCUCGUAUUCAAACCGUGAACGCGAUAAACGAAUCGAUUUUGCUUAUGCGUGAUGUACUGUGUAUGGAGCCUGGCGUUUAAUUCUCGAAAGGAGGCACCUGAUUUUAAGUAUGAUGCUGCAAAGAGUAUGAAUGGCUGGAAACACGGAAAGAACACGUUUGAUGAGUACUGACAAUCGCUCGGAAAAAUUCACGGAUAUCCGAAACGUGCGAGCGUAGGACCUGCAAACAAUCGAGCCAAGAAUAUAUCCACCGCGCACGGUGCUGACAUUGAAUUACGUAGGUCUUUUGGUCAAUGCGCAAGGGGUGGGUGUAUGGUACUUCGAUUUUGAUAGGAUGGCAUGUCUAACAUGUGGUUAAUCACUACGUCUUACUAUACUCAAAUAAUAUCCGAACUGUGCACUUUUUUAUAAACUUUUGCAAAUAUGAGCCAAACGCCCAGAAAGGAGAAUUCGACGACCUAUUUCAAUUUUUCAAAGAGUUUUAUUCAAUACAUCGUCCAUUCUACCGUG